AGCCCUUUUUAUAGCGGUUUUGUGGUCGUGAAGGGGCUGAUGUGUUCUAUGCCCUUUCCUUAGGAACAAUCUCAAUAUACUAAGGGCGUGCCACCGGCCUGGCGAGAAAAAGUGAAAGUUGGUGGCUCGGAGUAUUUUUCUUUUUCAUUGCUCGAAAAGUAACAUCUAAGCUCUUAAAAUUGUCGAGUGUACCAUUUGGGAAUUAAAAAUAGCGAUGAUCUUGAGGGAUAAAGUCACCAAAUUAGAUUGAAGAGGAUGUGAUGGAAAACGCCAUAACGAGAGAGAAGAGGGAAAGAAAAGUAGGCCUAUAAACGAUCUUAAUAUUUGGCAUUCAAAUGCAAUGGAUCCUUUUUACACUUCGUGCAGGAAUAUGAUACGUCGCCUUUGACGCCAAGCAAAGGAAAAUAUUUAAAAAUGUGUUUGCAGCCUUUGGACUAAUUUUUAAGUCGUAUUAUAAGCAUGGAAAAUGGCUAGCGCAGUUGUAGCGCUGGCAAGCCACCAUCUUGACCCGACAAUGUCGCCUGCACCCAUCAAUCCAAUCCGGCAGGAGGAGACUGCACCGCCUCCGAAAGGUGAUGUCGAUUGUGAGAUUGCAAUCGGUGGUGAUGACGGGGAGAGGGAGGAGAGAGGUGGUGGUGGUGGUCGAGAUAGUGGUCAGCCUGAGAGAAGGAGAAGGAAAUCGAGGUCGGAUGGGACGGUGGUUAAGAAGAAAGUCGGAGGUUACAUCUUGGGUGAUGUCAUCGGUGAAGGGUCAUUUGCUAAAGUUCGUCUUGGUACCCAUAUCUUAACUCAAGAACAGGUUGCUGUUAAGGUUAUUGACAAGAAGUUGAUCGCCAACCGAGAGUAUGUUCGUAAGAAUCUACGCAGAGAGGCCACCGUUCUUCAAAAAAUGCGUCAUAAUAAUAUCACCCGGUUAUACGAGGUUCUUGAAACGGCCAGUAAUUACUACCUUGUAAUGGAGCUAGCUGAAGGUGGGACUUUCAUGACGUUCCUUUGCAAGAGAAGGAAGUUAAGUGAGAGGGAGACGAGAAAAUACAUCAGACAACUCGUCACCGCCGUCGAUCACAUGCACCAUCUCGACGUCAUCCACAGGGACAUUAAGAUUGAGAAUUUUCUUCUGGAUAACGACCAGAAUCUGAAGGUUAUAGAUUUUGGCCUCAGUAAUAUUCUUGGAUACGAUGGACUUCUGCGGACGCAGUGCGGUUCCCCUGCCUAUGCCGCCCCGGAGAUCUUCUGCAACUCAAGUUAUGGUCCAGCUGUCGACAUCUGGAGCAUAGGGGUGAACAUGUAUGCCAUGUUAACAGGGGAGUUACCUUUCGUGGUAGACCCACCCAACAACAUGACCAAACUACAUUCACGGAUCAUGCAGGGCGCCACCAUACCAGACACGCUCACAAAAGAUUGCAGAUAUCUCCUACAGAGACUUCUAGAACCUAAGGAACUGGAUCGCAUCAAACUCCCGGAUAUUAUGCGUCAUCCAUGGAUGAAUAGGGGAUACUCACGGCGUCUCUACCCUUCCCGCUUCGAAGAUUCCACCCCCAAGCCUGAGGUAGAUCAACGUAUCAUCAAAGCGCUUGUCCAAUGCGGUCAUCAUGAGGAUAUCCUUACAGAAUGUGUCCGCGAGAAUCGACCCACCCCCGAGAACGCUGCUUACUGCCUAUUGGCUAAGCGGAUCGCGAUGGGGUGGGGCUAUCCGGAGAGUAGUAAUGGCAACACGAGUGCCCUCGAAAGCGACCGGAGUGAGAUGGUGAGCGUGCUGACUGGGGUGGGCGUGGACGAUGCAAUGGAGGCGGAGUCUGACGAAAAGCCGUCUCAAGUUGUUGCGCUUCGUCGUCCAAUCAGCGGCCGCGGAACAAGAAGCAUGGCGGCAAAGGAACAGAACAAAGAACUGGAAAACAAACUCAAGAGCGAGCGAUUGAAAAUAGAGAGCAUAAACUCUGCGAUAGAGAAGACCCAGAAGAACCAUAUUUCUCCAACGAAAAGAGAAAUUCAGGAUGACAUGCGAAAAGCGUGGAGUAAGUUACAAACAAAACCAAACAAAAACGAGGAGAGCUCAAAUGAUCAUGAUAAAACUGACAUUGUUAAUAAAAGCACAAAUGUUGAGAAAAGCGACAUGAAUGUAAUUGAAAGUAAAAUGGACACCGGCGAAGAACCCAAAAGUAGAACGAAGCACAUUCGCAGAGCGUCAGACAACCAAGCUACCUCUCAUCAAAUUUCUCGACGACCGCACAACUCGCUUCCCUCCAAACCGAUAACGGCGCCCAGGCCAAACUUCGUAUCACCUUUAGAAAACAACACCUGUAUGUUUAUUGUCAACGGGAAGAUCACGGCACCGGAUCAAAUGAGAGGGCGCUCUGCGGGGAGAAAUGCGGCUCAUUUGACAGGGAAAAGACAUUCGUUACAUGGAGGUGAGAAAAUAGUUUAUACCACAAGGAGCUUGGAACGCGCCAAGACUGUCCCGGCUGUAAACAUUGAAAGAUCAGAAACAAAGAAUGGCACAGAAGACCUGUCCUCCUCAAGUGCUCCGGAUAAAGAAUGUAGCAUGGACACCAACUUUAGUCAAUUUAACGCACCUUACCAGGCUCAUAAUGCCUUUCCUGUCCACCGCCUUGGAAACGGCUUCACCCGCCCACCGCAAGCACACCGUCAUCCAUCCCGCUAUAUGCCUUCUAGCCUAUCAGCAUCCGUUGUCGCAUCAGCAACGCAUCCUCCUCCUUAUCACCACACCCAACAUCUCCACUACCACGUCAACCGACAGUCGGCGCUACGUCGGUCUCGUCCGCAUCACCAACGGUCCCUGACCGCACCCCUAGUCAACAACCGAUCACAUUCUCCCCUUCCCUUCCCUACUCCUUCUCAAGGGAGCGCGUCAUCAGGGGAAAGAGGGUCAGGUGCACCCGCUAAGGCAGUGGCGUGGCAGGACCCUCCUGCCACAGUGGUGAACGGUAAGCCAAGGAACAUUCGGCUUAGACAGCGAGAACUGCCAAAUAUCAAGGGUUUUGUCGGUUAUAUGUAAUUUAAGAAUAUAUCUUUUCUAUUAUUAGGGAGUUUUCAGGCAGCGAUGUACAUAGAAAAUGCAUUGAAAUGCCCGUCAAAUGACCAAGAAAAGCUAUUAUGUCUUUGUCGAAAACUGGAGAACUGGAACAGUAUUUUCGUCCUAAGUUUCAGAGCUGACGAAAAUGAUGUCGUUCGUCCAUGCAGAAUCAAGAACCAAACCGUGUUUUGAUUCAGCAGUUUUUCGACAAAGACCUCUUCAAUGUUCAUUGUCAUGACGGGUAUUUGACAAUAUUUCCCCUUUUCUUGAAUCCUGUUUACGUCGUUGAGCGAAAACUCCCUAAUAGGGUGUAACCCAAAUAUAAAAUCCACAACUUCAAAAUCAUUCAUUCGAGGAAGAUAGUUGAUAAAUAAUAAUGAUGAGACUUGUAAAGCGCCAUAUCCAAUCUGUAGAGUGCUCAAGCCGCAUAAAGAGCUAAAAGUUAAAUAGCAAAGUUUUUAGAAGAUUUUUGAAAGUUUCGA